AUGAGUGGAGCCACCGGACUGUUGGUGCUGCUGCUGCUUAGCGGCCGGGAUGCGUUCACGGCCGGCAGGUCCCUGAACGCACCGCACGACGGACCAACGGACGGGACCGAAAGUUUGACCGCGACAGUGUCAGGUGUGGAGAGGAAGUGGCGUCCCCCGCUGGAGACGACUCGUCCCUUCGUCCUGGUGGACGGACAGAGGAGGAGCCUGACUGAAGCCCUACAGGACGGUCACCCGGACCGGCUGCAGUGCGGUCUGGAGGUGGGAGGACGCCUCUUCCUGUUGGACCUGGAGAAGAACCGCGACCUGCUGCCCAAACCGCCCAACGUCUUCUACUACCUGCCCAACGGCACCGGAGUGUCUGUGAGAGCCGACCCUGUGACUCACUGUUAUUACCACGGCAGCGUGCGAGGAUUCCCUCAGUCCAGAGUGGCAGUGAGCACCUGCUCCGGACUCCGCGGCAUCAUCGCCAUCAACUCCACGCUGAGCUUCGAGCUGCAGCCGCAGGAGGACGAGCACCUCCCCCUCCACCAGCAGGAGGAGGAGGAGGAGGAGGGGGGAGGAGGGGAGAGCGGGGGAGAAGGAAGUGGAGGGAGCGGAGGAGGAGGAGGAGGAGGAGGAGUCCACCUGCUGUACUCCACCAGCCCUCUGGAGAGCAGCGGUGGCGGCGGCUGCGGGGUUUCUCACACCGCCAUCCCCCCCAUCCACAGCUCCACACACACACACAGGAGGAAGAGAGACAUCCUGUCUGAGACCAAAUACAUCGAACUGGUGCUGGUGGCCGAUCACAAGGAGUUUCUGAAUUACCAGAAGAACAACAAGACCAUCAUCUACCGCAUGCUGGACGUGGCCAAUCAGGUGGACUGGUUCUACCGUCCUCUGAACGUCCGUGUGGCGUUGACCGGUCUGGAGAUCUGGAGCGACCGGGAUAAGAUCCGGGUGGAGAAGAGUCCGACCGACACCCUCAACAACUUCCUGGAGUGGAGAACCAGAGAGCUGCUGCCACGCCUUCGCCAUGACAACGCCCAGCUGGUCAUGGGCGGGACGUUCGACGGCACCACGGUGGGGAUGGCGUCUCAGUCGUCCAUGUGCUCCAGAGACCGGUCAGGAGGGGUCAACGUGGACCACUUGGUCAGCGUGUUGGGCGUCGCCUCCACCGUCGCUCACGAGCUCGGUCACAACCUGGGGAUGAGUCACGACACAGCCGAGCGCCGCUGCUCCUGCCAGAACGAACCACGGCUCGGAGGAUGCAUCAUGGAGCCCUCAACCGGGUUCAUGCCGGGUCAGCAGUUCAGCAGCUGCAGCGCGGCAGACCUGUCGGUCAGCCUGCUGCACGGAGGCGGCAUGUGUCUGUUCAACGUACCGCAGCCGGACCGCCUGCUGGGAGGACCGCGCUGCGGAAACCUGUAUGUGGAGAAAGGAGAGCAGUGUGACUGUGGCCUGCUGGAGGAGUGUGAAGACCCCUGCUGUAACGCCUCCACCUGUCAGCUGGUUCCUGGAGCUCAGUGUUCGUCUGACGGCAUCUGUUGCCAUGACUGCAAGCUGCGGGCGGCGGGCUCGGUGUGUCGUGAGCCAAUCGGAGAAUGCGACCUCCCUGAGUUCUGCACAGGCUCCUCCCCCCACUGCCCCCCCAACGUCUUCUUGCAGAACGGCGAAUCCUGCGAGGACGGCACCUCCUACUGCUAUGGAGGAGUCUGCGCCAGCAUGCGCACCCAGUGCCAGAUGCUGUGGGGACCCAAUGCUACCAGCGCUCCGGCUGUGUGUUUUUCAUCCGUUAACAAACAAGGAAGCAAAUAUGGAAACUGUGGUCAGCUGGCCAACAGCUCCUACAUCCCCUGUGGAAGCUCUGACGUGUACUGUGGGAGGAUCCAGUGUCAGGGGGGGAGGGAGCGCCCCCUGCUGGGCACCAAUGCAGAGAUCCUGACCACCACGGUCCGCUUCAACCACAGCGACCUGGUCUGCAGAGGAACCUUCUUCCACCUUGGAGACGACGUGUCCGACCCCGCCACUGUGGCCCAGGGCACCGCCUGCGGCCCCGGCAAGGCCUGUUUGAACCAGAAGUGCGAGGACGUGUCGGUGUUCGGUGUGGACGAAUGCCACAGGAAGUGCAACGGUCACGGAGUGUGUAACAGUAACAAACAGUGUCACUGUGACGUCGGCUGGGCUCCACCUGACUGCAGGUACUCGGGUCACGGAGGCAGCGUGGACAGCGGCCCGGCCAGAGCUGCCGGAGAGUCCGACCCGGUCCGAGUCGCUCUGCUGGUCAUCUUCCUCUUCAUCCUGCCUGUGGUCCUCCUCUUCCUCGUCCUUCGCUUCCCUCGUUUCCGUCUCCUCUGCGUCGGAGCCGACAGCCCGAUUCGUAAAGCUCGACAACAAAACCGGACGCGGGCGAUGGAGCAAGCGGACGGCAGGAACGGAGAGCAGGUUCGACCGCUGAGAUACCACCUGAACCCACAGACGGACAUCCCACUGACCCCAUCCCACAAAGAGGUUCAUGACAGACCUGCUCCUCCCGCUAAGCCACUCCCCCCUGACCCCGCCCUAAAACCCCCGCAGCAGCGACCGGCCCCCCCCACCAAGCCUCUGCCCCCCGACCCCCCCGCCCAAACCGGCCAGCUGCUGGUGAGUCGACCAGCUCCGCCCACCAAGCCACUCCCCCCUGACCCCGUCUCACCUGGACAGAGUCCAGCUCUGGCCAAACCAGCGGUGCCCAAAAAGCCCCGCCCCCCGGCCCCACCAACCCACCCCCACGUCCACCAUCAUCCCGGCUACACCAGCAACAUCAAACCACCUCAGCACGCCGCCGUCGCACCUGCCGCCAGAAUGAACAGACAGCCUCCCGCUCCUCCGACUCGACCCAAAGUCCCUCAGAAAGUCGACUCGUCUCCGCUGUAACCUGAGACACCAACACUUUAUAUCUGCAGAACAUUUCAAUAAAAAUCAUCUGAUCAUCUGUUUGGCCUGAAACCUUCAACAGGGACGAAUGAAGACGAUGAUGAAGAUGAUGAUGAUGACUCUAUAAUCCAGUUUGCACUCAGUCGUCAGAUUUCUGCUUUAACACUUUGUUCAUUCACUCAGACUGUAGAUGAAAGUCGAUGUAUCUCCAAAGUUAGACAGCGCAGCUCAGUGCCUUGCUCAGCGGCACCUCGGCAGCGACGGUGUGGACACUCGGGGAUCGAACCCUCGGCCUGUGAGCGACGGUCGCCGGAGACGAUGUCACGUCUGAUUGUCUUGGUGUCGACGAUGCAGCGCCCCCUGGAGUGAGCGGGGGCUCAGUGCCUUACUCAAGGACCCUUGUACAGGAAUCAAACCUGUGGUCAAACGGUUCCCAAACUGUGGUCCAGGGCCCUCAGCAGGUUCCUCACAAAAUACCAGAUUUUAUAUUUUAGAUAAAUGACAGAAUGUUUUUCGUCACAUCUUCAAUGCAGACAAACUUCUCAGAUCAAAUGAAGUUUGAACACAUCAGAUCAUCGUGGAGUUCAUCUGAAGCUGAGCAGACGCUGUACGGACUCACAGGAGACCCGACAUAUGGAGGUCAACUUUAAGAACACACCAGUCCAGUUCACCGGAUCAGUGCUGUUGCUCAUACUCACCUUUUGGUCAAAUUUAAUUUAUUGAAAAUUUUCCGGUGCAGGAUAUAAAUCCUCCAAUCCAGACUCUACAUCUCAAAACAAACAAACCAUACAACAAAAAAAAACACAAUAUACUUAUUUAAAAUCACGAUAAUUCCACAAAUAAUCACAAAUCAGCUUUAUAUUUAUACAACAUAUCAUUUCUUGACCAGAAUUUAUACAAUCUAUGUGUAAGAGUCAACUGAAGGAGCUCGUUCAAUGCUUAGAUCAUACCUGUUAGUGGAAGACAGGCUCAGAUGUGAUAUACAUAUAUCCUGUGAAAAAGCUUGUAACCUCCAUUAUGUCUCCUGGAUGCUAGAUGCUAGGUUAGCCGCUCUUCUCUGAACAUUCUGUAUGUAUUUUUAUUUCUAAGGACACCAGACUCGCAAAUUGAAGAUGAGAUCUCACCAAGGAUUGAUAUAAUGACAUAUUUCCUUGAAUAAAUUAUGAAAGGUUCUUCUGAUUAUCA